CCUCGUCUUGUGGGCAUUUCCUUCUUUUGCUGGGACAACCCCACGACCCUCGUCUUGCUCUCCUCCUUUUUCUCUGUCUCUCGUUUCCCUCCUCUUUGUCCCUAAUUGAAAGCAGCGGCCUCUCUCUUGCGCGCCUUUGCGAGGCAGGCAGGGCCAGGAGCGCCUCCUCAAGCCUUGCAGGGGAGAGCCAGCCCCAAACUUCACCGUCACCCCGCCCUAGAGGCAGCCGCCCAGCUCCAACUUCUGACACAAAACGGGACUGCUCCUCGCUUUGAACUUGGCGCCUCUUCGGCUCCAAGAAACCUCCUCAGUUUCGGGACUUGGAAGCAGCAGACUUUUAGAACUUUUCGAACAACGACAAGAGUCAGCCAAGAGGGAUGAGGGCUCCUUGGCAGCAACAGAAGCAGCAGGCAGCGAAGGAGGCGCCUUUUCUCUCCCCGCCAGGACUGGCCCGCCUGCUCCUGUCCCUCAGCUGUUGCUCCACGGCUGCCCAGGCUUACAACUUGGACACGCUGAGCCCACUGGUCUUCCAAGGGGACAACGGGACUUUGUUUGGCUACUCGGUGCUCCUCCACAGCGUGGGCCGCAGCCCCUGGCUUGUUGUAGGAGCCCCUAAAGCCAACUGGUCUACAAACACAUCAGUUGUGAGUCCAGGUGCAAUUUACAGGUGCCAAAUUGGGAAGAAUCCAGAGCGAUCUUGUGAAGCACUUCAAGUGGGCGACCCAGAAGGACAGAAGUGUGGAAAAACCUGCUUAGAAGAAAGAGACAAUCAGUGGCUGGGGGUGAGCUUGUCAAGGCAGCCAGGAGAAGAUGGAUCUAUUGUUGCCUGUGGACAUCGAUGGAAAAAUGUAUUUUAUAUUUCAGAGCACAAACUUCCUAAUGGUGUUUGCUACGUGAUACCAGCCAAUUUCCGGACAUUGUUGAGCCAGAGAAUAUGUCCAUGCUAUAAAGAUUACGUAAGACGAUAUGGAGAAAAAUAUGGAUCGUGCCAAGCUGGAAUAGCAACAUUUUAUACAAAGGAUUUAAUUAUUAUGGGCGCUCCAGGAUCAGAUUAUUGGACUGGAUCUAUCUUUGUAUACAAUAAAACCGCAAAUAUCUAUAUUUCAUAUGUGGAUGAUAGUCAAGUAAAAUCUGGGAGUUAUCUAGGAUAUGCUGUUGGAGCAGGUCACUUCUUGUCUCCGAGUAGUACAGAAGUAAUUGGAGGUGCACCCCAGCAGGAGCAGACUGGUAAAGCAUACAUUUUUAAAAUUCAGCCAAGACGGCUCUCCAUUCUGACAGAAUUAAAGGGCAAAAAGCUUGGUUCUUAUUUUGGAUCAACAGUCUGUGCUGUGGAUCUCAAUGGAGAUGGCUUUUCAGACUUACUUGUUGGUGCACCAACAUACAGCAAAGUCAGAGAAGAAGGAAGGGCUUACGUUUACAUUAAUUCUGGUUCUGGAGCAAAGAUGACAGAGUUGGAGACAGCACUAGUUGGGAGCGAUUUGUAUGCAGCGAGGUUUGGAGAAUCCAUUGCCAAUUUAGGAGACAUAGAUAAUGACGGCUUUGAAGAUGUAGCCAUUGGGGCUCCACAAGAGAAUGACUUAGAAGGGGCAAUUUACAUAUAUAAUGGCAGGAAAAAUGGAAUAUCGCCAGUCUUUUCCCAGAGAAUACGAGGACAUCAAAUCAGCAAUUCUUUACGCAUGUUUGGGCAAUCCAUUUCUGGAAAAAUUGAUGUGGACAGCAACGGGUAUUCAGAUGUUGCAGUUGGUGCUUUUCUAUCAGAUUCCGCAGUGUUGCUGAGGACAAGAACAGUAGUUAUUGUUGAAGCAUCAUUGAAGCACCCUGACUCAGUAAAUCGGACUAAGCUGGAUUGUGUUUUAAACGGACAGCCAGCUGUAUGUGUGAAUCUGAAUCUUUGUUUUAACUAUAGUGGUCGAACUGUUCCAGGUUAUAUUGUAUUGCUUUAUAAUCUUAGCCUGGAUGGUGGUAGAAGGCCAGAUACAGCAGCAAGGUUCUACUUUUCCUCUAAUGGAACUUCAGAGACAACUUCUGGAAGCAUCAAGAUUUACAACAGCAACAACAAUACUUGUACAAUUCUCCAAGCAUUCAUGAGGAAAGACGUCAGGGAUAUCCUGGCUCCCAUACAUGUCGAAGCUACCUAUCGCCUUGGGAACCACGUCUUAAAGGGGGAAAGUACAGAUGAACUCUCACCACUACAGCCAGUUCUUCAGCAACGAAAAGAUGAUGAUAUUAUACACAGCAAAUUUGUGUUUGCAAGAUUUUGCUCUCAAGAAAAUUGUUCAGCUAACUUGCAAGUUUCUGGAAAGCUUGCAUUUCCAAGGCCUCAUGAAAAGAAAUCUUACCUUUCAGUGGGAAAUAUGAAAACAUUAAUGUUGAAUGUCACUCUAUACAAUUCUGGUGAUGAUGCCUAUCAAGCUACCCUCCACAUCCAGCUCCCUAAAGGGCUUUAUUUCACCAAAAUUCUAGACCAGGAAGAAACACAGAUAAAUUGUGAAGUGUCAGAAAAGGAAGAUCAUGCAGUGAGGCUGGACUGCAGUGUAGGGUAUUUAUAUGUAGAUCACCUAUCCAAGAUGGAUUUCACUUUUGUGUUGGAUGCAAGCUCUCUUAGCAGGGCAGGAGAUGACCUCACCAUCAGUAUUAACACAACUUGUGAAAAUGAAGUGAGUAGCAAUCUGCUGUUGGAUAACAGCUUAACUUUGAUACUACCUCAGAAGCAUGAAGUGGAACUGAAUGCUCAUGGGUCUGUUACACCAACAUCAUUUGUUUAUGGGCCCAGCGAAGAAAAUCCCCCCGUUACUUGCAUGAAGGAGAUGUUCAACUUCACUUUCCAUGUUAGUAAUCCUGGUCUAAGUUUGGCUCCUGCCGUAGACUUGAUGAUACAGAUUCCCAAUUCUUUUGUACCAAGCGACGUCAAACUGUUUAAUAUUCUGGAUGUCAAGACAACUGUUGGACAGUGCAUCUAUCAAAAUCAUACCAGAGAUUGUACUUUACCAGAAAAAAGUGAAAAUAUGCUGCAAGAAUUCAUUAUGUUCCUCACCAAACUUGACAAAAGACUGCUGUACUGCAUGAAAAAUGAUCCAUUCUGUUUGCAAAUCCUUUGUAACUUUGGAGACAUGGAAAGUGGAAAAGAAGCAACUGUUCAAAUUCACCUAGAAGCAACUCCUUCACUGCUAGAGAUGGGUGAAGCUUCUACACUUAUAUUUGAGAUAAAAGGGAAAGUUUCAGCAGAUCAAAGCCCAAAAGUCAUUGAACUGUACAAGAGCAGGCAAACAGCAUAUGUCAUUCUAGAGGGACUUCAUAACCAAAAGACAAAAAAGAGUGUUACACUGCUUUUUAUUGGAAUGGGUUCAAUAGUUGGAAUUCUUUUGCUUUUAGUUCUUGCGUUUCUCUUAUGGAAGGUUGGUUUCUUUAAGAGAAAAUACAAACAUCUCCCUCAAGAACAAAAUGGAAGAGAGAGUUGGAGCUUCAUAAACAGCGACCCAAAUGAUGCCACGGAUGAAUGACAGUUUGCUUGCUUUAAUACAGACAUUUGGACCAAAGAGUCAGUUAAUUACAAGAAUACUCAAACCUAUCUGUGUUCUUUGGAUUUAGCUAAGUGGAAGACUGAUGGCAUCUUCAUAAGUGUCUUGAAAUACAAAUGUCUGAGGAAUAAUUGCAAUUAUGAGAUGAAUCAUCUCUGGCUUGAAGAGCAAAGAAAAACAGACUUGAGCUUUAACACUAGACAAAAAACUUUUUGCUAAGUGGAAGAAUUUGACAAUGACAGCUCAUACUUGAACUUAGAGCACAUUACCUCACAGCCAUUGAAAUCGGCUAAUCAGCUUCUAAACAUAGCAAGCAAUUGUAUUAUAAGCCAAUAUGGGACAUCAGAAUGAAAAUUAUUUUUAUUGUUGUUUUUUUCUUGCCACACAAACUAUACAUGAGCCAAGAUCCUGCAUGGGGAGAAAUGUCAUGUAGUGACAUUUCCUGGUGCCAGUUUCUAAAGCCUCGUAAGCAAUACGUGUCCAUGGUCUUGAAAAAUGGGGGUAUGAAGUGGAGCGGGUAUAUGAGGUCAUUGUAUUUAGUUUUCAGAUAAUGUCUUUCCAGCACGUUCAACUACAAAAAAAUAGCUAGCAACAAUCCUGCUCAUCCCUUUCUUCUCCAUCAAUAUGGAAAUUGUGGGGUGUUUUGGGGGUUAAUUUCCCAAAAAGGGAAAAGCAUUGAAAAAUUAUAAAGCAGCAACAACAGCAGUAGUAGUGAUUCAGGAGCAAAAGUCAAGUUUAAAGGUUAUAAAAGACUUUCUCUAACUAACCCACAGCAGACAUCUUGUCUCCAUGCUCACAGAAGAACAAAAGGUCGAACAAAAUAGAGGACUCUUAAAGGUCUUGCCAUAUGCUCAGAAAAGGAGGUGUGUCCCCAAGAUAUAUCAGUCUAACAAGAAAGGUGAUAGGAGGAGAAAAAGGAAGACAGGCAGACAAAGCGGCCAUGGGGAAAGGACUUUCCCUGCCAGCAAACUUACUGGCCUAUCUUAAGUCCUUUAUUUUAUUUCGUGUCAAAAGCAUUGCAUGAUAAAUAAGUUUAAAAGUGAUAAAGGAAAUCACAAGCAGCUAAAUAGUUUUAGACCAAAAGUGGGCAACAGCGACCGCAUUGUCCGUGGUUUUGAACAACAACUCCUCCGUGCAUGAGGCAGGGCGUUGAAGAGUUGUUUGUUCUGCUCCAUAUGAGGAGUUGUUUGUUCAGCUCCACAGUCACACAAGGUGGAGGAUUCCUCCAGGUAGUGCCACCUUGCCAAGUUGUCUUUUGAUCUGCCCUCUCCGCUUCUGAGUCUGUUCAGGGACUUCCAAGUUGCCCAUUCUUGGUUUGCCCCUGGAGGCAGACCCUCUUGGGGGGCCAUCCAGUUAGAAUUGCCAGGUUCAGCUGCCCAGAGGGACACCCUUGCUGUUGCUGGAGGAACAUCAAGAGGAGUGGUGGUUCUCAUGAUGCCUUUCCUUGAUUUGAGUCUAGUGGGAGGAGGGUGAUAGUCAUGCAAUGGGUGGCUUUCACAAUGUUCGACCUUAUUUCUCUCGCAGUUAGCAGCAACUUCCCGUUGCACGUCAGGAGGGGCAAUGCCAGCUAACUUGUAGAGUUUAUCAACAGGUGUAGGUUUAAGGCAUCCUGUGAUUAUUCUGCAUGUUUCGUUCAGUGCUAUGUCCACCUGCUUCGCAUGGGCAGACUUAUGCCAGACAGGACAGGCAUACUCAGCAGUUGAGAAAGACAAGGCUAGGGCUGCACCCCAUGCGCUACCAGUAAGUUCCCUCAGGAUGUUGUUGCGUGCAGCUACUUUGUGCUUGGUGUUCAUGCAGUGUUUCCUAUAUGUUAGUGUUCGAUCUAAGGUGACACCAAAAUAUUUAGGAUGGAAACAGUGUUCGAGCUCUUGGCCUUCCCAAGUAACUUUCAGUUUCCUGUUGGCUUAACGGUUACGUAGGUCGAAAGCACACACUUGUGUCUUGGAAGGGUUAGGCUUCAGGUGGUUCUCUUUGUAGUAGCUGGAGAGAUCUUUCAAGGCAUUAGUGAGUUGGCUUUCAACUGUUUCAAAAUCUUUCGCUUGUGUUGUUAGGCCCAGGUCAUCAGCAUAUAUAAAGCUCUUUGUGAGUGGUGGUUGUGGCUGCUCGUUCGUGAAGAUGUUAAAUAAGGUCGGUGCAAGAAUGCUGCCUUGGGGUAAACCAUUCUUUUGCCUCCUCCAUCUACGUUUCCGGCCCUGAAACUCCACAUAGAAGCUGCGGUUUUCCAAGAGGGUCUGGACAGUUUUUGUAAAGUCAAAGUCCCAGGUGAUAUUGUAGACUUUAUGCAGCAUUUUUCUAUGUUGCACUGUGUCAUAGGCUGCUGUAAUGUCCACAAAAACUGUUCCCAUAAUGCAGCCUUUCUCAUAGCCUUUGAUAUGCUCAGUCAGAUGGAGAAUUUGACCUGUACAGUUUUCCCUGGUCUGAAACCUGCUUGUUGUGCAAUAAGCUUAGGUUCGAUGACAGGUCCCAAUCGAUUCAAUAGCAUCCUCUCAUAGACUUUAUAUAGAUGACAUAAGAGAGAGAUUGGUCGGUAGUUCCUGGCAUUGGAGGCAUCUUUACCAGGUUUUAAAAUGGCAAUGAUCUUAGUUUUCCUCCAUGCUCUGGGAAUCUGUUUGUGUGCCAAGCAUCGAUUGUAGAAUUUCAAAAGCCAGUUUUCAGCUUUGAGGCCCAAGUGUUUGAUUUGCUCCAUCAUUAAGUCAUCUAGGCCAGGUGCUUUGCCAGUCUUACAUCGCUUGAUGGCUUCUCUGAGUUCUUUCAGGUUUAGAGGAGAAGACAACUGGUGGGUUUCAGGUUCUGGCACCCUGUUGAUUUUCAUCUUUAUUCUGCUGCAGUUGGUUUUCCCAUUCUGAAUUAGCUGGUGAGCUAUCUAGUCUGGUGUCACAUUUGCAUGUCCAUGGUUGACCAGAGGGUCACUAUCCUUGAUUAAGAUAUUUGAUUAAGUCCUUGGUUAAGAUACAUUUGCAGGAUGUGGUUGAGUUUCAACACUGGGGAACCAGAGGCUGCCUUGCUUGUAAAUUAAGAUUGGGGGGCAGGGGGGUGGAAAUGAUGACUGUAUGAUCAGAACAGAUUUCUGAUCUUUGCAACAAUUGUAAAUUAAUUAUGAUGCCAUAAUUCAGAAACAGAAUGCCAGCCAUGUAUGUGGAGGUGUGGAGGGAUGGGUGCGCUUUUUGUGGUGCAUGCUGGGACAUUUAAUUUUGUUGUCCAAUAGUACAAUGACAAUAAAGCUGUUCUGUUAUUUGAA